ACGUCCCUGUCCGGCCCGCGUGAGGCCAAUUAUAAAUUACAAAAUAAAUUUUAAAAAGCAUCUAUUUCGAGUGUGCAAUACAACGGUGCUGCUUUUGUUUUGAAAAGCGUUAUUUGUAUUACUUCCGUGUGGACGUAUGCUCGUGCGCGCAGCGGCAAUCUCAAAUUACAAAAUAAAUGUAAAAAAACAUCUUUGUCGUGCGUGCAAUACAACUGUGCUGCUUUUAUUUUGAAAAGUGUUAUUGUGCGUAUGUCCUGUGAGGGAAGGCGCACAGCGACUAAAAAGAGAAAAGUUGAUGACGAAUGGCGUGUUUUCAACAAGACAAGUAAAGGAUGUGGCACUCGGCGGCUCUGCUCCUUUCAGGAUUGUCCGCGUUGAUACACGUGUCCUCAGGGGGUCCUCACCAGAGGAGCCUGCUGAAGACCCUCCUGAAAGACUACGACCGCAUGGAGAGACCCGUAGGCAACGACUCGCACCCGCUGACAGUUACCUUUUCGCUCAGUUUGAUACAGCUUAUGGAUGUGGACGAAAAGAACCAGGUGCUCACCUCAAACAUGUGGCUGCGGAUGGUAAGCACCCCUGAGAGAGCUGGUUUGACCACUAUCUCCAGUGGAACCAGAGCGAACAUCCCGGAGUUAAAAACCUUCGCUUCAGAGCAGACCAAAUCUGGACUCCAGAUAUUCUACUGUACAACAGAUGAUGACUUUGACUCCACCUUUAAGACCAAUGUGCUGGUCAACUCCAGCGGCUAUGCUGAGUAUUUACCUCCAGGCAUUUUCAUGAGCACCUGCAACGUGGACGUUCGCUGGUUCCCCUUCGACAUCCAGAAGUGCGUGCUCAAGUUCGGUUCGUGGACGUACGACGGCUGGCUGCUCGAUCUCCAGAUGAACGACGCGGACAUGUCGGGCUACAUGUCCAACGGGGAGUGGGACCUCAUAGGAGUGCCCGGCACUCGGAACGAGGUAUUCUACGAGUGUUGUAAGGAGCCCUAUCCGGAUGUGACCUUCAUCGUGACCAUAAGACGGAGAACGCUGUACUACGCCCUCAACCUUCUCAUCCCCUGCAUGCUCCUCUCUUCAAUGACCCUACUCAUCUUUGUGCUACCUGCUGACUCUGGAGAAAAGAUCUCACUGGGGAUUACUGUCUUGCUGUCGCUGACUGUGUUCAUGCUGCUGGUGGCUGAGAUCAUGCCGGCUACAUCUGACUCAGUCCCGCUAAUAGGUCAGUACUUUGCCAGCAUAAUGAUUAUCGUUGGCAUGUCGGUCAUUGCAACAGUGGUGGUCCUGCAGUACCAUCACCAUGACCCCAAUGGAGGAAACAUGCCCAAAUGGGUGAAGCUGGUCCUGCUCCAGUGGGUGGCGUGGUUCCUGCGGAUGAAGCGUCCCGGCGAAGCGGAGAAACCCGAGAGGCCCCAGUGCGCCCCCCAUCUACGUCGCUGUUCCUCAGGCUCCCACAGCGGCAGCAUCCCGAACCAUGGCGACCCCGCCCUGCACCCGCUGCACCCUCAGAACCUCGCCCCUCUCCACGCGGGGCACCUCCAAUCUAGCGCCAACAACGGGAAUCUUCUUUACAUGGGCUUCCAGCCGAUGGAGGAACCCUCAGUGCUCGUAGACGCCGCCCAGAGGAGUAACAACGCCCCCUCAGGACCGCGAAGUCCGCCACCGCAUCUUCCGCCUCACCUGUGCAGCUCCCCAAGCCCCAACUUGGACGUGGUAGGAUGCCCCAGCAUUGUCUCCAGCGGCGUGGGGUUUGGAAACGCUGUGGGUCAGGCCGCAGGUCAUGGGGACCCUUUGCUUCAGGCCAUCCUGGAGGAGGUGCGCUACUUGGCGGACCGCUUCAGGGAGCAGGACGAGGCGGAGUGCGUGGCCGACCAGUGGAAGUUUGCGGGCGCCGUCAUCGACCGCCUGUGCUUGGUGGCGUUCAGCGUCUUCAACAUAAUUUGCACCAUCUCCAUCCUCAUGUCGGCGCCCAACUUUGCGGACGCGGUUUCCAAGGACUUUAUCUGAACGCUCUUGAAGUAUCAAGCGGGAUCCAGAGAGACACAUUCUCCUGCGGACGGAAGACUGCAGGAAAAUGUGGAUUUAGUGACUGAAGCGUUAUUUGAUGUGUGGUGAAAUGUCAAUCCAAACUUUGAGGCGGGGAUGGAAAAGCCAGCCCGGGAAGAAAGUCCACACCUGGGAGCUUGACGGGAGGAAGGAAAGACUCCAAUACAGUGAAGAUGGAGGAGAACAAGACAAGGACAUGCAGAUGAGGGAAGAUAAAGAAGACAGGAAGAGACGAAGGUGCUUGUCUAUUAUUCAAUCCCGCGCGUCUAAUGGCUGUCAAAUUGAAAAGUCCUCCCAUCAUCUUUUAAAGUGCGACUAAUCGGCUGUGAAAAGAUAACUCUGGCUAUUUUGCAUUUCCAAAGGUCUUUUUAUCUCUUAGUUAAGCUCAUACCGGUGAUCUCCAAAAUGAAUUGGAGCUGCAUGUAGAUGCAGAUCUUAAAUGGGCGGUAAAGCUACACAAUCAAUACAGAAAAGCAACAUCUUAUUAAAAGCUAGCUCAAGAGUGUCAUUCAAGACGUAGAAUCCCACAAAGGAAGCAGACUCGUCUCUCUCUCCCUCGCUCGGCAAUGAACACAGGCAACAAAAUCAAUAUUAUAAAGAUUUCCUGCUAGUGGCACAAUGCCCCUAAUUUGUGUCUAAUGGAGAUCUUCUGAGAGAGGGCUUAAAAUAAUCACAAUAAACUAAUUAAAUCUAAUACAAGAGCUGUAGCAAAAUGUUAGCUUGCGCGGACUAGCUAACAUAUUUAGGAAUUUUACAAUUGCACCAUCUUACAGUACUGUAUUUUCCAUAAAAUGGCAUGGUGGCAUGAUAUCCGAAAACACAUUCAAAACACACAUUUCCCCUUUUGACUGUUUGAGUCACAAAUAGACGAUUCCCCCAAGCAUCAUACAUUUAACAUAAAAAUCUGGAAACUGAGUUGCCAGUUCUUUAUCGUAAAAUGUACUUAUAUAUAUAUAUAUAAUUUCUACAACUCUUAUUUUUUUGUGAUAGAGAUAUUGGAGCACAUACUUGUUGGUCACAAAAAACAUUCAUGAAGUUUGGUUAUUUUAUGAAUUUAUUAUGGGUCUACUAAAAAUGUGACCAAAUCUGCUGGGUCAAAAGUAUACAUACAGCAAUGUUAAUAUUUGGUUGCAUGUCCCUUGGCAAGUUUCACUGCAAUAAGGCGCUUUUGGUAGCCAUCCACAAGCUUCUGGUUGAAUUUUUGACCACUCCUCUUGACAAAAUUGGUGCAGUUCAGCUAAAUUUGUUGGUUGCCUCAGGAGCAAAAAGGGUAUGACCAUGCAUCUUACUACCUACAUGAACCAUGAAGUGGCAUGCUAACGAACCAACAAAAAAACAAACAUGGACAAUAUUUUCCCCUUUUUUCUAGAACUUUUGCCCGUAUCCCAGAUUUUAAAAUGGUAAGGUCUCGCUCAUAGAUGUAACUAUGGUCUCUCCAUUUUACAUUAUUUUCCAGACACAAUUAUUUUCCUUUUUGGCUUGAGACACAAAUGGAAUCUUCCGUUCUACUCCAGCACAAACAAACAUGGUGUGCAACAUUUUUUCACCCAUUUUGCUAGUCCCAAAUGGACAAUUAAUGCGAUCCUAUCCUGUAUGGUUUUUGACCAUGAAAGUCUAUGAAAUUUAUAGGCAUAAUAUUUAAUAGAGCUCUUGUAUUGGAUCUGAAUUUUGGUUUUACGUGCGGCUGUAUCAUUAGAGUGGGCAAGAUCCUGCAGUUCCUGAGUGUUUCUUUAAUCUCUCGACACCCACAACAUUUCUCAUCCUGAAAUAAAAGUAUUCUCUUGUCAUAUCUAAUACGACCUGCUUCUCAUAAAGGGGGAGGGAAGAUGGGAAAGGAAACAGCUGACAUGGCCUUAAUUGAUCAGUUGUUCAGAAAAGGAGAGACGAGUGGAAGAGGUCAUUGGCGGAAAGUGUG